AUGGCCUACAAAAACCUGAUGCUGCUGUAUACCACCAACUCAUCACUGUGGUGUAAGUUCUUUCCAACUACCCUGACAGGAGUAGCUCUGACAUGGUACACUUCCCUUCCAAGAGAAAGUAUCCACAACUUUGCCCAACUGGAAGGCAAGUUCCUGGGUCAUUUUAUAGCUUCCAGAAGACAGGAAAAAUCAAACUUCCAUUUGCUCAGCAUCACACAAUUGGAAGGAGAGUCCAUAUCAUCUUACUUGAAAAAGUUCCACGAGGCGGUACUGGAAGUAACUGAUUUGGAAGAGUCGGUUGCAUUAAACACCCUGAUCAACGGAAUGAAGGCUUAA